AUGGCGUCUCCAGUGACAGCAAAGUAUGACUGGAUUCUUGCAAUCACCACCAUCGCUUUUGUAUUUUCUGCCUUUGGCAACGGUGCCAAUGAUGUCGCCAAUGCCUAUGCUACCUCUGUUGCGGCACGAACAUUGACAAUGGCUCAAGUUGGACCGCUUGCCAUUGCCACAGAGUUCAUUGGUGCUGUUGCGCUCGGCGCCCGUGUCACUUCGACCAUCAAGAAUGGUAUCAUCGACAUCGAUCGUUUCACAGGUCACCCGGGGGCACUAAUGCUGGUCAUGGGCUGUGCUGAGGUCGGAAGUGCCUUCUGGUUGAUGCUUGCUACAAAGCUAGGCAUGCCUGUUUCCACUACUCAGACUGUUGUCGGCGCCAUCGUUGGAGCUGGCUUUGCAAGUCAGACUGAUGCCAAGUGGGGUUGGGAGGAUGGCUCCCUAUCACAAGUCGCCGCCUCCUGGGCCAUUGCGCCAUUGAUUGCUGCUGCCUUCUCAGCCAUAAUCUUUGGUACAGUCAAGUACUUGGUUCUCGAACGAAAGGAUCCGUUCAAGAAUGCCAUGCGCUUUAUUCCCUUCUACUUCGCCAUAACGGGAGCUCUCCUCGCCCUCUUCAUUGUGGUGGAAGCCCCUACUGCACCAUCACUCGAAGAGUUUGGCGCUGGAAAAGCCGUGGGCAUCAUCCUUGGUGUCUUUUUUGGGUGUCUGGCAAUCUGCUACAUCUUCUUCGUCCCAUUUUUCAAACGCAAGUUGAUCAUGAAGGAUCCUCGCGUCCGCGUCUGGCACGUCAUUCUUGGCCCCAGACUUCUCAAAGAAGACGUAAAACUCUUUUGGCCUGGAAAGGGCGACGAAUACGUUACCGAUUACUAUGCCGACGCCUACGGUCAGGUUCGUGCUGGAACACACGAAAAGAAUGCUGGCAAAGGCUCUACCCAAGAUGAAAGCAUCAACAAGCUUGGCGAUGGAUCCCCGUCACACUCGAUAAAGCAAAGCAACGAGGGCCCUCUGCCAAGUGACCCGGAGAAGCCACGUGUAGAAGAGACAUCCACAACUCCUGUACACCUGGUCCGGAAGAAGCCCGAGCCUUAUGAACGUUGGAUUGUUCCCGUCAAGUCUCUGUCCUGGUUCAACCCCCAAAAGUGGUGGGCUUAUCUCAAAUUCGCGUUUCUGCGAGGUGUUUCCAUCGACGUCAUUACGCACGACAACGAUCUACUCCGUGCCAUCCAUUCCAAGGCCAAACGUUACGACGUUCGUGUUGAGCAUCUUUGGACCUACUGCCAAGUUGUCUCUGCCAUGAUGAUGUCCAUCGCGCAUGGUUCUAACGAUGUAGCCAACGCUGUUGGCCCUUGGUCAGCCGUAUACCAAACCUACCUCGAAGGCGAGGUCUCUACUAGAUCAAGGACUCCCAUAUUCAUGUUAAUCGUGGCCGGUUUCUUGCUUGGUCUCGGAUUUUGGUUCUACGGCUACCAUAUCGUCCGUGCGCUUGGCAAUAAAAUUACCCAAAUGUCGCCCACUCGCGGGUUUUCAGUUGAAUUGGGCGCUGCUGUUACUGUUUUGCUCGCCUCUAGGCUUGGACUGCCCGUAUCGACCACUCAGUGCUUGACUGGAUCAGCCGUCGGUGUUGCCCUGAUGAACUACGAUCUUGGCGCUGUGAACUGGCGCCAGAUUGCCUUCAUCUUCUCUGGAUGGGUUCUUACCCUUCCUAUCGCUGGACUGAUUUCCGGUCUCCUCUGCCUUAUGGCACUCAACACCCCCCAUUUCUAA